UCCUUCCCUCUCUCCACCUCCCUGCGAUCUCUCUCUCUCUCUCUCUCUCUGUCUGGGGGGUGGAGCUGUUGUUUCCAUGGAGCUGGCUGAACGCGGCUUCAACACAGACAGAGAGACGGAGAGAGACCCGGGGGAACCGGCCGCCGGCAAAUGAGAUCUGGACAAACGGUGCGAGAGCCCGGCCAGCGGGUCCCGCAACCCAUAUGUUAGGCAGUGGCAUGAAGGGUUAUCUAAAAAGCUCCAAUGGGACCUACGCACUUAAAGCAAAGACAACAACCGUCGGGCAACUUGAGGAGUCUGAUCUGUGUUUGCAGAAUGGAGGGAUUGAAGAUCAUCAUGCUCUGAUCAAGUUGAGCGACUCUGAGAACUGUUUCGUUCUCCAGGACCUGAACUCCUCCAACGGGACUUUUGUUAAUGACUGUCGUAUCCAGAAUGCAGCGGUACGACUGGCACCAGGAGACGUGCUACGUUUUGGGGUUGGGGGUGACACUUACGAGCUGGUGGCGGAGACUGUUCCUUCGGUGUUCUGUCCUCCAGUCAGUCAGCGAUCAGUGUGGCCUGGGCACCUUCAGCUAAUCGAGGACUCAAAGCCCUACUCUUGCCCUGUUGCAGCCUCUCAGCUUCCUGCACUGUCCACUCAGAGCUCCACAAGUGCGCCGAACGGAUGGAUUCAAGGAGGCAGUGCAGCAGUUCCCCACCCACCCCUGAGAAAGCGGGCAGUGAGUGCGGGCAGCAGGCGGGUGACUGGCAGCUACCCCACUGACAUCAGCAGCAGCCCACCCGCUGUCAGACGAGGAGCCUGGACUAACACCCCAGGUCGAUCUGUGGGAAAUGGGGUUCCUAUAUUUACUCCUCAGACUCUGGAAAUGCUCCUACCUGAGAAGGAGCAUCAAAUCCUCAGAAUGGGGGAUGAAAUCAGCCGCCUAGUUAUUUUUGAAAGUGAGUCCAAGCAUAAAGACGCCAUCAUUAUCAGCCUGCGCAAUGAAGUCGCCGCCUUGAGACAACAAUUAGCCCAGACGAGUCCCAGCCAGAAUGACCUGGAAAUCACUCAGCAAUUGGUAACACUCGGCUGCGACAUCGAUGCUAAACAGGAGCAAAUCGAAAAACUGAAAGAAGAGAUUACCAAGCUUCAGAAGGGCUCCAGUGAGGUGAUGCGGCAUUCUCUGACUGAGAGAGAUCUGGAGAUCACUAAACUGAAAAAUGAAAUUGGAAAGCUGAAGAAGGACAACAAUAUUAUCACAGGACUGGUGACCAGCUUACAGCGUGAGAUCACUGACAAAGAUCAAAAACUGCUGCGGGUAAACUCGGAGGGAGAGAAACUGAGGAAAGAAAUCCAAGACAAAGAUGGUCAGUUGGCAGCCAUGUCAGCCAAGUUUUCUAGAAUGAGAGAAACCAGGGACAACCAGGAAGAGCUGGUGAGCAAAGAGAAGGAACUGGUGACCCACAGGCAUAAUGUGAAACAACUGGAGAGUCGAAUGAAGGAGCUGGAGUCUGAGGUCAAGCUGCUCCGCAGUCAACAGGAUGACAUGAAGAGCAAUAUGUCUGAGGAGAAGCGGGCCCAAGAACAGCUCCAGGAUGAGCUGGAGAGGACCAGGCUACUGCUUCAGGAGAUGGGCCGAAGGGAGCGACUGGUGAGGGUCAAUCUGGAGCAGGCCCAAGCCAAGCUGGAGCGAUUCCGAAGUCGAAUCAUGCAGACCACAUACACUGCUCCAGGAGUUCAAUCUCCUGAAGAGGCUCUUUCAGAUGAGCAGGUGAUUGAGCAGAUGAAGCAGAUUAUCGAUGAGCGGGCGGAGUUGAAGGAGAAACUGCAGGAUGAGCUGGGUUUGAAAGUCUUGGAAGAGGAGGAGCGGCUCACCAGCGCGGAGAGGCUGAGGAGAGCACUGGAAGAGACUGAGGCUGCUCUGCAGACUGACUUUGGGACCCAUGUGAAGAAAGAGCUCGAGACACUGCAAGAUCUCUCUGUUGACCAGACUCUUCUUUGGGUGCAGAAAGCCAUCACUGGCAUUUUAAGUAGUACGUUGUCGUGGCAACAGCAGUCGGAGCAGAGCCUAUUGGACGCUGGGAUAGAUACAUCAAGCAGUGAAGGAGGGGUCAUUGGAUGUUUUCAGCUGCUGCAGGAGAAGCUUCACACGGCAGAGGAACAGAUAAAAACAUUGCAGGAGCAGGUGGAUCGGGUGCAGACCUCCUGGGAUAGCGAGAAACAGGAGCAGCUGAACGAGUUGAGGGCGGAGUGUGAGCGACAGAUGACAGAGGAAAUUAGAUGUUCGCAGGCAGAGAUUCAGGAACAGCAUGACCGGCUGGCUGAGGCGAUGGCUCUAGAGAAGGAGAGGGGAAUGGAAGCAGUGGAGGAGGAGAAGAGGAGGCGUGAGGAGACUGAGCUCCAUCUCAAAGAACUGAGGGAGAGUGCAAAGGUGAAAUGUCAAGAGGCGGAGACUCUGAAACUGCAGCUGAGCAACACAUCACAAGCACUGGAGGAAGCGAGGAAAGUUGAGGGCGAUUUGCGAGAGGAGCUGGCAGCCCAGCAGAGACAUCAGAAAGCCAAGACCAAGGGCCUUGAGGAUCGAAUUGAACUCGAGAGGCGCGGCCACCUGGGUGAGCUCGCCGAGUUCAAGGAGCAGAUCCGGCAGCACUCGCGGACAAUCGUGGCUCUGGAGGAGAAGCUGCUCACCGUUACUAAACAGCACCAGGUGGCAGAGGAGGAAAGAGGGAUCCUGUCGGGCAAACUGAGGGAGGCCAAGAAGAAGCUGGAAGAGCAGGAAAGGAAUCAUACAGUAAGACAGCCUGUCCAGGCACCAUCUCCAGUGGUAGCACCAAUCGUGCCUGACACACACAUCCAGCAACAGGCCUGUGCCUUACUCCAGAAUGAGCUAGCAGAGACUCGGAUGCAAGUCCUGGCACAGCAAGAUAUUAUCCUCGGACUGAGAAGGGAUCUGGCCGGAGCAAAUGCCAGGAUGUCAGACCUGGCGGGAGAGCUGAGUGAGAAGCAGAAAGUGGAGCUCGAGCAGAACCAAGCGAUGGUGAAGAGUCAGGCGAUGGAGCUGAACACUCUGCAGCAACGGCUGGUCAAGAUGUCCCAGCUGGUGGACAUGAAGAACGAAGAACUCCAAAGCAGAAAUGUAGAGUUGAGGACCUGUAAGGAGAAGCUGGAAAAGCAGAAAGUGGCAAGGAAGGAGAAGGCGAUGCAGUGUGAGGAACUACAGCAUGAGCUCGAUGAACGAGAAAGCCAGCAACACCAGCUCUCUGUGCACAGUGAGGAUAAGGUGAACUCUGAAGUUGUGAUGCUCGCGGCACAGUGCAAAGGUCACCGACAUGAGGAGAUCAUUCAGCGACAGCGUGAAGCACUGGCUGAGUUACGAACCAGGAUCAGGGAGCUGGAAAGGACUCACACUUCUAGAAUCAGCCAGGAGCAGGCCUCACAGCACCUGACGAUUCUGAAGAAGGAGCUGACAGAUCUGAAGGCCUGUCGAGCGCACAGCGGUGAUGACUCCUUCCGCAACUCCUCGCAGGGCAAUGAUGAAGCUAAACUGAAGCGAAGGGAUGACUCUUUCGCCAUUUCUGAAGCCUCGAUCAAUAGGACAGCACGGUUGGAAAUGUCUGAGGCCUUGGACCUGAGCGAGAGGACGUAUCUGGACCUGGUGAAGGCUCUUUCCAGCCUGCUCGACAUGAAGGAGCUUUCGGGGUCACUCUCAUUGAAGCAUGUUCCGCCGGAUGAGAGGGAGAAGCUGGGGAAAGCACGGCAAAAGAACAUGGAGCUGCUGAACAGCCGAGUCACUCAGCUGAAGAGUCAGCUGGAGAGGAAAGAUGAAUUGCUGGGUGGAUACGAGAAAGACCUGCAGCAGCUCAGAAGGUCACAGGUCACUCUGAACAAACAACAGGCCGAUGUGCAGAGCUUACAGGAGCAGCUGCUGAGACAGACUGAGGAGAACAACCUGAUCCAUGAGUCCAUGGAGCGAAUGCAGGCGCGCCUUGACCAGGAGAAGAGACUGAACAAAGCCAUUAAGCAGCACAAGACUUUUCACUUGGAACAGUUUGAAAGAAGAGCUACAAAGUCCCCAUCUCACUGCUGUGUGAAGGAGGACAUUCAUGGCAAGACCGAGGCUCGGAAGAAGGUGAUGCAGGAGAAGCUGAAGAAGAAAGAUUAUGAGAUUAAAACUCUGAAGAGAGAGCUAAGAAAACAGGACCAAGAGUUAUGUGACACUACCACGCAGCUUGUCAACCUCCAGAACUCUCUGGAGAUGAAGCAGAGGCAGCUCCCCGAGGAGUGAGGGAUGGAUCAUUCCAGAAUAUGCUGAAGCCUCCACACACACACAGAAUCACAGCACACCCUGGGAAAUCCUUUUCCAUUUUACAAAAAGCCCAUGUCUCCACUGUUUCUUUAA